GAAGCAACUUCACUGUACGCGUUGUAUGCCAUUGCCGAGACCUUCUGAUAACUAGGCAUUGGACGACCAGGAGGUACCACGAUAAGGCAGUGAAUGCGGGCUCCUGAUUUAUCCAAUUCAUUACAGCAAUACGGUGGAAGCGAAUCGAUAUUGACUCACAUCAAGAACCUCAUCAUACAGUCGCGCGGCUGAUACGCGCCUGGCCUCUCCAUCCGACUCGCGCCUGUCACCUGCCACUUUAACCUCCAGUUCUACUCCUAAACAUCCUUGUACCAUUUCCACAGUUGAGAGUGGAUCGGAAUAUCGUCAUGGCGUCCAUUUUGCUGCAAGGUAUGCCGCGUGAGAUCCGGGAUCAGAUCUAUCUCCACGUCCUUGCCCCUACCGGCGUCAUCUACUUCGUACCAGUACCGCCCUUUAGAAUCAACGGUCGGUUCAAGGCUGUACCAUCCGCGCAGAGCCUGCUGUCUUCGGAUCCCACGGAAGCCAUCAGCCUCUCUAUACUCCGGACGUGCAAGCAGAUUUACGAGGAGUGCAAGGACUUGUUCUGGGAACACAACACCGUCCGCCUUAAUGAUGUCAACAAUUUUUUCGGCCACUUCAAAAGAUUCCCUUUCGAUCUGAUACGACACGCGGAAAUCUCAAUCGAGUUCCAUGAGUUGGGAGAAUCGAGUAAAUGCUUCAGUGCAUUUCAUGUCCUUUUGUCUUUGGAGUAUUUAGGGAUGAGAGAAGGUCAUUCGAGGAAGAUGGAGACCCUCACGCUCAGGCCGACCAUCUCUCUCCAAGAUAUCUUCGAAAAUAUGCUGAAGAAACGAGAUAGUCAAACAAUCCUUCCGGGAAUCCUCGAGCUUUACCCGAUUUCCUUGAGAUCCAUCCCGAGCUGGAACAGUCUAGGACAGGCAAAGAGGAAAAUCUUACUGGACCUAGAUCUACGGCAUUUGGCAUCCAUCGAUUUCGAGGAUCCAGAGAAGGAGAUGAAGGUGUAUGAGCGGAUGGAGAAGGCGAUGACGCGUAUCAACGCGGAGUUUGGCGGAGAGCUGUGGCAAAAGGACACACUCUGCUAUAAGGAUGGCACUGAGGUUGCGAAGGUAUUUCCAGUAGAGGAAUUACGAGCAAUGAGACGGGCGGACAAAGAAGCAAAGUUGGCGGAAUUGGCAGAGCUGGCGAAGAAGAUGGCGGAGACAGGCAUACAGGAUGCGGAGGAGACACGUGUGCAGGAUGGGGAGGAGACAGGUGUUCAGGAUGCGGAUGGGACAGACAUACAGGAUGGGGAGGAGGCAGGUGUACAGGAUGCGGAGAGCUGAGCUGGAUAGGUUCGUUGGAGAACUGACAGACAGGAUAAAGAAUCUGCGACUAUAGCUCGGUCAAGUCUCGUUGCUUCUGACAUGUUGCACAUACGGGCGUCUUGUAGAUAUUAGAAUAGGUUUUCAUUCGAAUAUGAACCUAUCAUGCAUCGAUUCGUGUAUCGUGCUCUGAUAGUACGGUUUGCGACUGGCGAAGAGACGAGGUGUAAAUAGCACGAUCUAACUGGCCUGAGAUUGCGCUUGGAGGGCACCUUCGUCUAGAAUUGGUAAGUUGGGGAGGUGUCAUACCCGAAUACUUGAGUGUC